AGGAGUUGGCAGUGCUGGAGGAAGAGAGACUUUUCUGGAGUUGUAAAGACCAACAGAGAUAAAACCACUAAACAAAACCACGAAAUACAGCUCAUUCUCACAAAAACAGUGAAAAGCCGACGCAAAGAUGUCUGUCGCUGGCUUGAAGAAACAGUUUUAUAAAGCUAGUCAGAUGGUGAGUGAGAAGGUAGGAGGAGCAGAGGGCACUAAGCUGGAUGAAGACUUCAAGGAUCUGGAGCGGAAAGCUGAUAUCACUAGUAAGGCCAUUGUGGAUGUGCUGGCCAAGACCACUGAGUACCUACAGCCCAACCCAGCGUCUCGGGCCAAGCUGUCCAUGUUGAACACCAUGUCUAAGAUUCGAGGGCAGGUCAAGAGCACUGGAUACCCACAGGCAGAGGGAGUGUUGGGGGAGUGCAUGGUCAGAUACGGCCGCGACAUGGGAGAGGACACCAACUUCGGUGGCGCUCUUGUUGAGAUGGGAGAGUCUAUGAAGAGACUUGCUGAAGUUAAAGACUCUCUGGAUAUUGACGUAAAGCAGAAUUUCAUCGACCCUUUCCAGACCAUCGUAGACAAGGAUCUCAGAGACAUCCAGCACCAGCUAAAGAAGCUAGAGGGCCGCCGGCUGGAUUAUGACUACAAGAAGAAACGUCAGGGGAAGAUUCCAGAUGAGGAGCUCCGCACAAGUCUGGAGAAAUUCCAUGAGUCUAAAGAAGCAGCAGAGAUCAGCAUGCACAACCUUUUAGAAACUGAUGUGGAACAGGUGAGCCAGCUGACCGCUCUGGUGGAGUCUCAGCUGCAGUAUCACAGACAGGCAGUGCAGGUGCUGGAGGAACUUUCUGACGGAAUGAAAGACAGAUUGAACAAUGCCCAGGCUCAGCCACGUCAGAAACGAAUGCCGAAGCCAGCACCCAGCUUUGACUACUCUGACACUGAACCCUCCAACGGUGGCUACAGCCCAACUAACGCUCCCCCAGUUUACUCUUCUUCAGCUCCUUCCCUGCCCAACCGACCAUCUCUCCGUCAGAAACGGCAGUCGACGGAUCAGCCGUGCUGCAAGGCUCUGUAUGACUUUGAGCCUGAGAAUGAGGGUGAGCUGGCCUUCAAUGAGGGCGACGUCAUCACGCUGACCAGUCAGAUCGAUGAGAAUUGGUACGAGGGGAUGAUCCGCGGCCAGCAAGGCUACUUCCCCUGCAACUACGUGGAGGUGAUCGUGCCCCUGCCCCGCUGAACCCGGGUGAGAGGAGUGAGGGAUGUGGAGAGAGAAAGAGGUGCAUUGGAGACACGACGGAGGAAACAAAAGUCAAAAACAGGGAAAAAAUCAGAUGAUGGGGAUUUAUAAACUAUAAUAGGCCAUGAGACACUACAGUUUGUCUCUUCCAUUGCACUUUUCCAGUUUUCCUAACACAACCCUCAACUAAGAACAAUGUUUUUUUGUUUGUUUGUUUGUUUGCUUUUCAGCCGUUGAGGGUUACUCUCUCUCUAAGCACACUACCAAAUCCUGAACUCUUACCAUUCCUUCUUCAUUAAGUAACUCAUUGAGUAAGGUGUUCAAAGAAUUAUAUUGUUUUUUUCAUCAAAUCAUUUAUUUUUUCUGAAAUAUGUUAGAUAUGGGGAUAUUCUUUGCAUUUAUAAUCAUUUUCCUGCUAAUUCAGGCCAUCUCCAUCCUUCAUCGCUGCGUUAAGUAGGGGGUUUUCUUUACUGUUUAUUCAAAUGGACCUCUGCUUUUGCAAGUACACAUGGCUGCUAGUGGCCAUGCCUUGAUGUAACACAGUAUAUUCAGAGUAGGUAUUUUACUAUGAAACUGAUACUGAUUCUGAGGAGUCUGAAUUGAUCCAUGACUAUUUGCUCUUUGAUAAGAGUGUUACUUAUUAAUGUAACACAGUUGUUUUGAACAUAUUAGAUGUAUUGUAUGGAGUCUGAAGGUCAGAUUGUUAUUAGCCUUCUCUCCCACUUGACAUUUGCUUGUGUCUGCACCAGGUUGGGUUUUUGUUUUUGAUAUUGCACAGACAUCCCUAUAUUUUUGUUUUACUUCUGUUACCGGCAAACCCUGCUUGACCAUUCCUUUUAGCUAGUUUAUUUUAGCUAGCUGAUUCCUUUUAAAUGGUCAAAUAAGUUGGGACUCAAACUCUAACCUUUGUUUACAUCGUGCAGCAGUCAACGGGUAGUAAGAGCCUGAGGUAGAAUGGUGACACUGACAAACAUUGCAGAAGACUAACUGCAUCCAGUCUGUUCUGUGGCCUUUCUUGUGCAUACAAAAUAAAUAUCAUUUGGAAUGAAUAAAUAAAAAGUAGUAAUUAGAUGACCUGUCUAUGCUGUGCCUACUAAAGAAUACUCUUAUAGCAACUGUUGCAAGGUUGGCCAAGCUUUACAGAAGGUUAGCAAAAACAGAUUCGGGCUAAUGAGAAAUUCUAUCUGUUUUUCUCAAAAUACCUAAACUGUUCAGUCUCGACCACCAUGGUGUUAAUGCUGUUUUUCCACUGGGCAGUACAAUACAGUAAACACAAACCCAGAACUAUUUGUACCCUGACUGAGUACCUUUGUAGGCAGAGUUCUUGUUAGGUUGUGUGAUCACAUGAUUUCUCAUCUCAGUCUAGCAGUAAACAGUGAGCACAAAGAACAGGAGCAAAAAUUGAGGAGCUUCAAGCUCCGGUUUACAGAUCACAAAUGUAGCUAGCUUUUUUUUUUUGUUUCUUUGUUUUUUUGUUUUUUUAAAUAGUGGUCACCUUAAACAGUCAGUGUUUUUUCACAGUUUCUAGCUCCAGCCAAACAUUCCAGCGUGUUUACACUUAGCACCAUGGCAAGAAGGGAAGUUCAGCAUGUGUUCACCGGUGCAUUAUGGUUCACUUGGCAGUAGAAAUUAUGACAAAAUAUGUGAGCAUGAAUUUAUAGCUAUACUCUACCAUACUGCCUCCUGGAAAAAUGCCAUUAGAGUCACUGCAUCAUGUUUAAAAUGCAGCAGUACCAAGCUGGACAGUGUUGCUAAUUGAAACUAGGCAUAUUUGAAAUGACAACAUGCAUUAGUUUGAUUACCUGACAAAAAAAUAGAGACCAAAAGUUGCUUCAAAAGAAAGCAUUUGUGGGCGGGGGCAUGGAUAGGUCAUUUACACCUUGGUGAGGAUAAGAGCUUGGAGUUGCACUCUACCUCUCUUCAAAGGGCCUCAUACUAAAAGGAGAGAGAGAAGAGAGAGGGAGGCAGUAAGUGACAAGGUUGUUAUAUACCUCCAUUGUGUGAUAUCAUGUGUCUGCAGGGAUGUAAUACUUCCAUAAAAGGAAACGGAGCUUUUGUCAGUUUUAUUAUGAUCCUCUUUUAAAAGGGGAAUUUACCAAUGUUUCAAAAGUUCUGCAUAAUUUAGUGGUUAAUAUGUAAACAAAGUUGUUCAGAGUGGUUUGAUGGGAAAUGCGCUGUGGUCGUAAUUGUUCACAGUGCCGGUGAUGGGAACCAGACGUCUGAAGAGUUUAAUGCCUCUAAAAGCUCCUUCACAGAAAGCCAUUAUGAGAAAUGGUUCUGAAUGCACCGUCUGAUAUCUGAGACAUUGUUUUGUGAUGAUUUUGAGAUAAGCUUUUAGCCUAAAAGAUUUUUAGUCCCCAAAGAAAUCUUUUUUUUUUUUCAGAUUUAGAACUAUUUUAUCAUAAUCAAUAUUACAUAAAAAAUCAGAAGACACAUGUAGGUUCACUAGUUGUGUUGGAUAGUAAAGACAAUGGCUGCAUUUGGGUUGAAGACAUUGUAACCCUUGUUUCCUAUCACUACCACUAUAAAGAAAUCGGUAAGGUUCUCUACAGUUGAGCCCUGUCGCAUCAAACCACUCUGAUUGGCUUUGUUAAUUAUGCAGUAAAUUUUGAAAAUUGUGGAAUUCCCCUCUCUGUCUC